AUUCAUUCAACCUUGGUCUUGUCUGGUUCAUCUUUUUUUCAACCUUUUUCCCUGUUCAUUUACUUGCUUCUACUUAACUCCAAGACCAGUACUUGAGUUCCCAAGUUAUCUUUUUACAUGCUGAGGAAGGCUAAAACCAAGGUGUGUGCCUAGUUUGGGCAAGAAAAACAGGCCCUGUUGAUUUUUUUCCUUUUUGAAGGCUCUUGCUGUCUUGAGAAGACAAUGAGCCAGGGAAUGAAUGGGGUUGAGGCUAAGAAGAGGCAAGACAAAACAGAUUAUGAUGUGGAGGAGAAAAUAGAUUAUGUGUUCAAGGUGGUGGUGAUAGGGGACUCAGCCGUGGGCAAGACUCAAAUACUCUCAAGGUUUGCAAAGAAUGAGUUCUGCUUUGACUCUAAGUCCACCAUUGGAGUUGAAUUCCAGACUAGGACUGUCACUAUCAAUGGCAAAGUCAUCAAAGCCCAGAUCUGGGAUACUGCUGGCCAAGAAAGGUACAGGGCUGUAACUAGUGCAUAUUACAGAGGUGCAUUAGGGGCCAUGCUGGUGUAUGACAUAACUAAGAGGCAAUCCUUUGAUCAUAUUGCGAGGUGGGUUGAGGAACUCCGAGCACACACAGAUAGCUCCAUUGUGAUCAUGCUAGUUGGGAACAAAGGUGAUCUUGUGGACCUGAGAGUGGUCCCAACUGAAGAUGCAGUGGAGUAUGCAGAGGAGCAGGGCCUGUUCUUCUCAGAGACUUCAGCUCUCAGUGGUGAGAAUGUGGAGAGUGCAUUUCUCAAAUUGCUAGAAGAGAUCAACAGGGUGGUCUGUAAAAAGACAUUGGAAUGUGGUGUUGGGAAAGGGAAUGGUGACAAUGAUGCUGCCACACUCAAAGGAUCAAAGAUAGCAAUAAUCUCAGGUCCUGAAUUGGAAAUUAGUGAGAUGAAGAAGUUGUCUUCAUGCUCUUGUUAAUCUUUUUAUCAAGAUCUAAGUUUACUUGAUUUGAAAGUAUAUAUAUAGAUGUGUCUGGUUACUAGUGGGUGAGGCUGAACUGAUUUCAUUUGGUCUAGCUUCCAUGCUCUGAAUUCAAUAGUAAUUGUCCUCUUUCAUUAUGAUUAUAA